AUGCGCAUCCACAACCUCCUCGCCAUCCUCGGCUCAGCAGCCCUCGCCGCCGCCGCAACUGUACCAGCCGUGACGCCCUUCCUCACACAACCCGGAGCCCAACCAUCAACCCUCGUCCCACAACCCUCCUCCUCCUCCUCCGCCGCCGCCGUGGUCCCAGCAGCUCCCGUACCGCCACCAGUCUCCUCACCAGAAUCCUCCGCCUCCUCCGCCGUCGCAUCCUCAAACUCCUCCUCUUCCUCGACCGCGGCCUCCGGCUCAACAGUAAUAUCCCUCCCCGGCCCAACCCUCACAAUCUCCCUCGCCCCGGCAAAGACAAACAUUUACGGAGACUGCGGCGGCCUCCUCCCAACGCCCAAGCCCUGCCCCGCCAGCUUCGAGUGCAUCGACGACCCGUUCCGCAAGGGUUGCGGACUGGCGUGCAACCAGCCCGGCAUCUGCGUCGUACCCAUCAUGUGCGGCGGCAUCGCGGCCAUUGAGUGCCCCGCGGGCAAGUGGUGUGUCGAUGACCCGAGGGACGACUGUCACCCGCUGCAGGGCGGUGCUGACUGCGCUGGACUUUGCAUUUGA